AUGGAGCAGAUGCUCCGGAUGGAGCAGCUGGGGGACUGGCUGGUUGUGGAAAAGUUGUUUCGACAGGUAACUGAUUCGAUUUGCUAUCAGUAGAGAGGUUAAGCAUCACCUUUACGUCAAACAAUUAAUUACCGUUCCAGUACGACCUCGACGUGAAAAAAUUGCUUUAUGCGACGUUUUAUCGAUGACGACUGAAACAUAUACAUCGCAUCUCUUUCGAUGCGAUAAAAAAUCCGAAUUCAUUUUAAUAGCGAGGUUUACGCUGCCGCUGGCGUAGUGAAUGCUAAAGCUCCCUAAAACUGUUAUCACCUAUCCUUCCAUUCACCUCUUACUUCAGACCCACACGCUCCUGUCCCCCCGAUUCACCUCUCACUUCACACCCACACCCACACUCUCCUGUCCCCACUAACCCUCACCUCAUUUAUUUUAUAGGUGUGUAAGCCUUCGCUAUUCUGGUGGAAGCUGUCAGUUUUGUCCCAGUUCCUGUUGGAUGUCCAGCAAGGCGUGGAAGUGUAUAUGUUAUGGCACUGGUUCCUGCUAAGGACAAAAGAGUAAAUGAACGCAGUACUUGUCUUUCGAACAUGAUCUUUAGCUACAAAGCUAUCAGAGGCAAUCAGAAUUACGACAGUUGAUCAAAUCAAUUGUAAUUUUCGGAUACUGGUAAUCUUAAUCAAAAAAGGAUCAUUCAAGUUUAUUUUUUUCGUAUAAUUCCUAAAGGAAACUGAUUUUGUUCACAGUAGAUCAUAGCCAUUCCUUAAAUAAAGAGAGGCGGACGAUCGAGGUAUUGUAGGAUGUGUCCAUUUUAUGAUCAGUAUUUUCACUGGUCAGCCGCUGAUUAUUUUACCCCCAUUUAAUAAACUAUCCGUCAGGCUCUUUUUUCUUAUUGUCUGCGGCGAUUCUAACUUUUCUGCUGAUGAAAUCCUAACAUGUGACUUCUUAAACAAAGGCUACUGACCAAUAUACGUUCCUGCUCCAUGCUGUAGAUACUGUGACCUUUUAAAAGAUGUAACUUCUAAGAAACCUUAAACGCCACCUUACCUUACACAUAGGCAAUUACUGGGAACUCGAAUUCCUUCAAAUAGCAAUUUCAACGUGGCACUGGAAAACUUUUCUUUUAAUAUGAUAAAUGAAAUUUAUUGCUUUUCAUGAAGUCAAAGCUCUUCGAAUUCACCUUUGAAUUUUCAACUGGUUUUGAAACAGCUCAUAAAUAAGAUAUCUAUUUUGGCUUUGUGGUCUGGGCCUAGUUGCAUAAAACGCCCGUAACAAUUACGGGUAUACGAACGUUUACUUGUAGCUUAAGUGAGUUGCAUUAAAUAUCUUGAGUGGUCCACUUAGGGUGGGAAUUCACUUACCAUUUUCGUUAGUGUUCACUUAAGCGUCGUUUAUGCAACAGAAAUUGCGCGUGUUGCAUAUAUUAUAAACCUUUUUUACGGGAAAAAUAGCAAGCAAAAUUUACGGGUCCCAAGUAGGUCCCGUAUUCUUACUGUUUUUACCAAAGUUAACGAGAUCUUUUACUGAGAAGUAAAGAAAGUUUUUUCUUUAAGUAACUUCGUUCAAAUAAGCUUUAAUUUAACCUCUGAUGUACACUUUCAAGCCGUCGUUAUCAAAAAAGAAGAUCAACAAACAUUUCCAGUAGAUAUUGAAGUUACAUAUCGAUUGCAUGCAAACUUUAUUUCAUUGAGAAACUUAAAAGUGUUCGAAACGACUAGACAGCUUCUUUUCAUUUAAGGAUGGUUAACCUAGAAAAAUAAAGUGAGUACAGUGUUAGUAAAUAAUAAAGUACUAUAUCAAAGUUACGUGCGCCCUUAAAUGAGCUAGUAAGUUACCACGUAAAACAGAAACUUACGAGAGUGCUAAGUGCGUAUCAUGCACCAGUGUAAGUGUACCCAUAUACAACCCGUAACGGAUUCGUAAGUGACCUACCUUCAGAGUGAGUACUUAAGUCAAUGUUUUAAGCAACCGGGCCCUGGUUCCUUAAUAUUACAUUAGCUAAAUCACAGGACGUAAUCGUAAACGUGCUCAAAACUAUUUUACAAUAUUCUGUUUUGACGAGCAUUAAACUGAUUAAAACUCUUCAAGGGAAUGCUUUGACUAAUUAUCCAGUCAGUAGGGUGCCUUUUUUUCCGUUCUUGUUUCGUAACCCCAAACUAAAUUAUUUUGGGAAAAAAAAAAUCGCUGCUCCCAUUUCUGCGCUUUACAUUUUGAAACUGUUUCGUCCAAGAACAAGAACGUCCUUUCAUAUCAAAGUGCAUUAGGGGCAGCACAGUUUCUACCAGGGGUUACGUAAAAUCUUUAUAGUCUGAUUUUCAAAGCACAAAAUGACACCAACUUCUUGCCCUUUAUUCUCGUUCCUCGACCUCCGAUUUCCUCAGAUCACAAUGAUAAUAGGAUACUUGUUAAUGUAGUUAAUAUUUCAUUUAUUUUUUUCGUCAUGCGUGAUAGGUAACCCUUCCCCUCCCCUCCCCCCACUUUGCCACCCUGAUUGGCAGCAACAGACGACGGGAAACAGUUUCAAGGCCUAAAUAUCGUCACUUUAUCGUCUUAGAAAACAGAACCAUUAUUUUUGUUCAUUAAUUAUUGCGGAAGACACGUUCUAGCUUUCUAAAAAGACGGCAAAUAAAGUGACAUAGUACUGUUUAACCCUUAAGAGUGAUCAGCAUCAAAUUUCUCCUUGAGAUAUCAAUGCUUUGUAAAACAGAGUGGUCAUGAGAAUUGCGAACAUGAUCACACAAAUUGAAUUUGCUUGAUAUUUUAUCACCUCCUCCCCACUACUUCAGUAGGAAAUGAAAAGGGGCAAGAAAUGAGAAUUUAAGUUUUGAUCUUGGGGAUUAAUAAAAGUUUAAAAACGAGCAGGAUUGUAUUAUCAGGUUUAAAAUAGGCUUUUGUACAUUAUGCUAGCAUUUUAAGCUCGUAAAAUCACUCCGUUUUCGUAACUCGUAAUAAGCUCGUAAAAUCACCGUAAAAGGGGCCUUUUAAUUAAAAAAGGCUCUUUUAUUUUAUCUUUAAAACUUUUUUCAGGAGCCCAUGCCCCAUGAAAAAAAAAAUGAAGACUAAAACUCAAAAUUCACAAAAAACCUAAUACAGAUGUUUCUUUUGGCUGUAUUAAUGAACUUGUACACGUUGUCGUUGUUACUUGCAACACUUGCACGUUUUUGUAAGUGUAAACUUUAAAAUUAAUUUUAAAAACCGUUUGUAUAUUGAGCAUUAUCCGACCAUUUUAGUAACUUUUUUGGGGGAGACCGAGCAUUUUAGUGGGAAAAAUGGAGCAUUAAGGUGGAGCAUUUUAGUGGGGAAGCAAAAGCAUAAUGUACAAAAGCCUAGUUUAAAACUCGCAGCGAAGCCGAGAGUUUUUACACUUGAUAAUACACGGCACUCAAAUCGCCCCCCAAAAUAAGAACUUUCAGCUUUAAGUCAGAGCUGAAAAUUAGACGUUCCUGUAAAAGAACGACUUGCAAGACUGAGCUAAAAUUGGACUGAAGCAAAAUAUCACAGUUCAAGGAAGUGAAAUCGGAGUAUUCACAAAGUAAGCUAUCAUAACCAUCAUAAACGGUUGUUCCAUUUCAAAGAUAUCAACAAAACGUGUACAUAAUCAUCGACGCCGUAACGCAAAACGUGUAGGCAAGUAAAUGCAUUCGAAGAAGUAACGUACAUACAGCACAAACGCGUGUUGCAACAAGACUGAUACAUAUCGAUAUUUCAGACGGCUCGUCCAGAGGAAACAUCGGCAGUUUGGUCGUGUAAACAUGUUAUUUGACCUUUCUACUCCUAAUAGUGACAUGAAAAACAUUCACAUGAAAAAAUUAUGCUUGUAGAAUCCUAAAACAUAAAUAGUACUUUGCAAAAAGUUCAUCCAGAAAGGAUUUGUUGGCCUUUUAUUCAAAUACCAGAGACUUGGGGUAUGGAUUUUAGAGGCCAGGUCUGAAAACGGGUGUGGAAAAUGAUACUUUUUAGCCUGAAAGAGGGUCAGGAUUUGGAGAACCGGGCGGCACACCCCCACCAAGAAUUUCCAGGAAUUCCCCCCCCCCCCCCCCGGGCUCCACGUAUGAGAGAAAAGUCUUGACAUGUACGUUAAUGCGAAAGGGUUGUUAUUUUCAAUAGCAUUAGGAAGCAAUAGCAUGAUUUCCAAAUCAGUCUUGACCUAGCAGGAAGAGAUGCUAAACGUACGAAAACCGUAAAAGCAAGUUUCAAUGAUUUCGUUUUCUAAUAACGUGGGAAAACAGAAUAAGAAUUCCAUUUUUCAAUGCCAUAAAAAUGGAGAAGAAGAAAAUGAAACCCGGCAAAUCCGUUUAUUAAUGCUAAAAAAACGAAAACGAACAACGAAUGCCAAACAACCACCCCUCCAAAAAAAGUUCGACGUAGAAUUUUGUAGCCAAAUUCCCAUUCCAGAAACUGUGAGGCGAAUGGGUACCCAUUCCCGUUGUACUUAAUUUUUCUUUUAUAUUUUCUUUUACUUUUUUUCUUUUCUUUAAAACGCUUCUUAAAAUUGUAAGCCAGACAGAAAACGGUAGGAAACUUUCCAAAUUAUUUACAGAUACUAGCGACAUUUAUCACGUUUGUCGAUAGGUCAUGGCCGAGGUCACGUCUUUGCGGUUUUACAAUGUUUCGAGGCAUUUUCAUGGGAACUCGCUUAUGACAUCAUGCAGCACGUUCAGUUAAAUUAGUAAUGCUAAAGGACUUAAGGACGGCCACAAGGAAGUAAUGUUCUUGGACAAAUAAAACUGCACGUCCACUUUAAUAGAUGUAUUGUACACAUGUUUUAUAUGAUUUAUAGUACCUCUAGUACCAUUGAUAAUAGUCUACAGUAAAAACCAAUCAGUCGUAUUGUCAUCCUGAAAGCAAGAUCUCCUUUUGGGAAUCGCAGAGGUUAAUCGAAGCCCCUCAACCCUGCCCCCACCGUCAAAAAGAAUAGAACGUUUCUAAAGUGUACGAGAACAUAACCUGCAAUUACCGGCAGGCAUUUUUUUUAAAAAAGAGAGGGGGAAAAGAACACCCUCCUUACACAGAGAGAAAAUAUAGAAAGGUAUAGGGAGCCCAUGAUAUCAAGCUAACGUGAGAUGCCUGUAGCUAACUUCCUAAUCGAAUGGUUCACAUUCGCUGAUCGGAGCUAAUCGGAGUUACGAACGAUAUAUGGACAAAGAGCUCACAAGAAGAAACGCUUUAUGGCUCGAAUUUUGUUCAAGAUGCGCUGAAAGGCUGGCAUCUGUCAUUUACUCAUAAAACGCCUUUUAUCAACAGUGUGAGUAUAAAAGAAGGCAAACACGAUCGUGCUUUUAGUCAACUCUUAUUGAGGAAGUGUGGAAAAACAUACUUAAGCAGAACUCGCUGAGAACGGAUCUUUUAUUUCGUCGUCGUCAUCGAAGACAUGGUACGAACAGUCACUUCAUAUUUAAGAGUUUCUCUUUUUUCCACAUUUAUCUUUGUACUUACUUGGGCAAAGUUUACAAAAACUUUAGAAACGUUUUCUAUAGACGAAAUGAGGGACUCAUAUGUAGAGAGGAUGUAUAGAACGCAGAUCAUAAAAGGUUUUAAGGAGUCCAAUGGCAGCACAAUCUAACUCUCAUUUGAUUAUUUCUUUGCCAGGCUGUUCGACUUGGACCUUGGUUAUUUUUGCUAUUCAUGGCCUUGAUCAUCCUGAACAUCUCACUUGUUGAAGGUAAUUUUCAUAUUGCAUUCAUGACUGUGUGAGUAUAAUUUCUUCAUUAUAGCCAGGAGACUCACUCGCUGAGAUUAUCAUCUCGCCAACUACAGCUGUUCGUUUCGCCAAUCACAAACUUGAACACUCAGAGCGCUUUGUUUUCCUUUUUAAGACUGCAGCCUUGUUUCCAAGGAAUGCUGGGAAGGACGAAAGUGCUCCGCGCGCGAGUUUUGUGCGGAACUUCCCUUAGGGUUGAUUUGAAGUGUCGCGCAAUUUUUACGUGCGUAUGUGUGCAAACUUUACGUUUGCAAAUAAAAUAGAGGCAAUGCAUGAAAGGUCGCUCGUAAGCGUAAAAGUUGAACCUCGCUCAACUUCUCGUUUAAGCUCAGCACUUUUUAUCUUUCCUCUAUUUUAUUUACGUGAUUAAAAUUUACGUUCGUUAACGUGUGUAGCCAAAAACGCGUCAGUGGAAAUCAACCUUUAAAUGUAAUGUGUUCUCAUCAAAUUUGUCGCUAUACCCUAACCGCCAUCUUUAAAGAUUCAUAGGCUUCGUUAACUUCAACAUCAUUGACCAUCGGGCGAUGUUAUCGAACUCUCAGAGACUGAUCGAUUUUUUUCUUUUACCGGACAUAGACAGCAUAUAGAAAAUUCAUCAUAGCGUCUUUAACCGCGAUACCCACGCUAGAACUUUCGUUUUAUGUGACAACAAGGCGUUCAGCACGUCUUCCACUUUUUAUUUUUCUUUGUAAAGCGCAUGGACAUGGGGAACAUAGGAGACAUGGAUCAUGGCGCGGCAGGUGCUGGUCAUCACAUCACAGUUGUUCCUGGGGGACUGGAAUGAAGCACUGCGACGACAGGUAUAUAGAGACUUCUAGUUUCCAGGAGGAGAACGACUAAAACGACUAAAAGUCGCCCAAAAAUCUCGCCCGAAGAUAUGUCGCCCGAAAUGCCCGACUUGCGGGAACAAAUUAUCAUAUGUUAGUUUUAUCAUUUUGCGAUUGGGUGAGGGCUUUCAAAAUAUAGAGACGCUGGAAAGCUUCGCUGUACUAUUUUUCACCAUAAAAGUUUGCACUGUUAUCUUUAUUGAAGAAGAUUUACAGUGAAGCUUUCCAGCGUGUCUAUAUUUUGAGAAUACGCGAAAAACUCACAUUUCGGACGACAUAACAUCGGGCGAGAUGAAGCAGUACCAAAGCAAUAACAAGCGUGAUUUGAAAUCAAGUGUAACAGCCUUGAAUAGAAAACGCCUAUGUUAUAAACACGACUGUAGAUAAAAUAUGAGGUGAACUUCGGAACGAUUAGUAGCUUAGCAGCUAAACUAUUCGUUGUUUCCACAGCAAUCGGGUGGGGGUCACUUUCGCAAUACGCGAAAUUUAUGGGCGGGGGGGGGGGGGGGGGGGUCAUAUACUAAAGAAAAAGAAGACGGGGGGGGGCGUGUGUUAAAUUCUUUAUAUUGUCCACACAAGGAAAGCACCCCCGCGAGCCCACCCACCACCUGUUCGUAGUCACACUUUUUGUCGUCCUGAGAACUCGCAAAAAGGGGGGGGGGGGGGGGGGGGGGGGGGGGGGGAGUCAAUUCUAAAAAGCUAGGAUGAGGUGGGAGGUAGGUUCGAAAUUCUUCUAAGCUUUCCCAAAAUGGCCGGCCUCCAGGGGCACCCAACGACCGUUUUCUGGGAAACAUUUGUUCGGAGUUCUCUAGAAUGGCUAAAAUUUUCGAGAGCCCAAGAACUCCCCCUCAUAAUAGGUGACCAACGACCAGCCCUAAAGAAAGUCUCAUAUGUUGCCAGAUGUGGUUCGUCUUUAUCAGAUCCUAUGUGAAAAUGUGGCUCGGAUUAUUUCUUGCUUUCUUGAUUCACUAUUUCAGCUCCUCCGUUAACAAUUUUAAUAUAUAAUUUUGUAAUUUUGCAGAUGUCGUAAUUCUGGUUACCGUGGUGGAAGCUGUCAAAUGUGUCCCAACUCCUGUAGGGGGUCCAGAGGGUCACAUAUGUGCUCAUGCUAUGGCGCUAAUUCUUGCUAUUAAU